GCCUUCGAGCCCAGACCAAUCAUGGCUGGAAGACCCAUCCGCAUAGGAGACCAGCUGGUUCUGGAGGAAGAUUAUGAUGAGACUUACAUCCCCAGUGAGCAAGAUUUUCUGACACAAACUGGAUGUCCUACAAUUCAGUUCAAUUCUGACAUUAUCUACCUGGAGUAAGCAUCAGAUCCCACAAGUUAAAGGCUCAGUCCCACAAGAGUGCCCUCACUGCAGAUGCCAGUUGCAAGUCUCAGGUUGUCCCAGAAAUUCUUGAAUUUGCCAGAGAGAUUGGAAUCGAUCCCAUCAAGGAACCGGAACUGAUGUGGCUGGCGCGGGAGGGCAUUGUAGCCCCGCUGCCUGUGGAGUGGAAGCCAUGCCAGGACAUCACAGGUGAUAUUUACUAUUUCAACUUUGCCAACGGGCAGUCCAUGUGGGACCAUCCCUGUGAUGAGCACUAUCGAAACUUGGUGAUCCAAGAGCGAGGGAAGCUGUCAACUUCUGGAGCUAUUAAGAAGAAAGACAAGAAAAAGAAAAAGGAAAAGAAAGACAAGAAGGACAAAGAGACCUCCAAAAGUCCCCUGGAAACGCAACCUGAUCAGGGACUUCUGCCUUCUUCCUCCUUUCUCCGCGGCCCAUCCCCUCUCUCAGCACCUGGGCUUGCUGAUGUGGACCUAGACCAAGAGAUGCAGGCUAGAAGUGAGGGCUCCUUUAAGAAAGGGAAGAGCCCAUGCAUGCUGGGUGACACCCCCUGGCCUCUCACAGGAACCCUGCCCAACAAGCUACAGCCACUCUCCAAAGGCCAAUCUUCCCGAACCCACCAGAUCAUUGCCGAUGUGGAGAAAAUUUUAGGCAGGGCCCCAGCCCAAGGCAGGACAGAAUUAGGAGAUCAGCAGGGUCCAGAGAACCCCCAGAAGCCGACAGAGAAAAUCUACCUGGGGUUUUCAGACCCUGAAAUAGAAGAGCUGGAAAUGAGGACCAGACAGCAGAAAUCUGGCAUUCUGGGCCCUGAGAACAGCAGGCCCCUCCAAAAUGAGCAGGAUGUGCUAGAAAGCAGGAGCCAGGCCUCUGUUCACUCAAAGCUUUCUGAAACCAUCAAGGGCCCACAGUUGAAAGGGGAGCAGCACAGCCACAACGUGGCCAAACUGAGCUCCACUGGCCCUGGCGGGGACAAGGGCCAGAGCCCCAUUCCCUCAUCAUCCCCUGAGGAGGACCCUUCCCUUUCCCCUUGUUCUUCUAACCAUAUACCGCCUGCCAGGAAGAGCAAGCUGUUCUCGUUAGAUAGUAGCCAAGCUGAAGACCUGGGCUGGCAAGGUGUUUCUGGGGAAGGUGGGAGCACGGGCUGGGGAAGGAGGAGGAGAGAGCCCCCAGGAUUGUGGAUGGGACAGGUCUCCAAGCUUGUCAACAAGGGUACCCCCGGGAGCUGCAAAGAAGCAGAGGGCAAUGACCCUGAAGUUCUAGAGGCCUCAGCUGAUGAUCUACCUCAGGGACCCUUCCUAGUACCACCUGAUACCCUGGCAUCAGAACCAUCCCAGAAUGCCCCGUUAGGAAGUGCCCCUGCGGCAUCUCCCACCAGUGAGGAGAGACAACCAUCAGGGUCUCCAGAUCCCCCCAAAAAAGACAGGAACCUUAGUGGGUCUGGGCCUGACUUGGAGAGCAGCAGCAGCAGCAAUCUGGCCUCUUACCUUGGCUCUCAGAUACUGGGUGAGGUGAAUAACUUCCCAUGGGACAUGCAGAGCUCUCGGGGAUCUGAACGGGGCAUGGAUCAGUCAGGCCCUGGACCCAGAGAUCUACACUACAGCCCCUUUCUAGUGCCCCAGUUAUCCCACUUGCAGAGCUCUGCUGAUGAGCAGUCAGAGAGUGAAGACUAUUCUGAGGAUCAGAGGUUCUACCAGCACAUCCUGCAAAUGGUCAAGAUCUCCAGGCGGCUGGAGGGCCUGGAGCAGCCUGAGAACAUGCAGGAAAUUUCAUGCAAAGACUUUGCCAACAUGGUCUGUUGUAUGGCAGCUGAGUGUUCCAGGAUGUCUAGUGAGGGUGAGCACGAGGCCAUCAGAGCCAUGGAGAGGGACCCAAGGUUUCUGGCUUGGAGGCCAGAGCUACUGGAGCAUCCUCAGGAGGUGGCCCUUGCUCCGGCUGGGCUGGAGGCCUCUCAGCAAGCCUGUUUCCAGCCAAGCAGCAACCCCCUCAGGCAGGGGCUAGUUGAGCUGAGUUCCAACAGAGAGCUUGCGGCAGAGCCAGGCAAGAUGCAGCUUCUCAACCAGGCCCUGGGCUCCUCGUUAGCCCCAGUCCACGUUCCUCUUGGAGGCUUGGCUCCCUUACGAGGCCUUGUGGAUGCCCCGCCCUCUGCUCUUCGCGGAUCUCAAAGUGUGAGCCUGGGGAGCUCAGUGGAGUCUGGUCAGCUUGGGGAACCCACACUGCCUUCACAAGGUCUCAAGACUUCUGCUCAUGCAAAGUGUCUCUUGGGCUCCAUCCAUGAGGACCAGAAUGCUCUCAGCCUCCUGGCUUUAGGAGAGGAGACCAACAAGGAGGAUGAGGUAGAGAGUGACAACCAGAGUGUCUGCAGCUCAAGUGAGCUUCUUAAAAACCUGCACUUGGACAUUGGGGCCUUGGAGGGUGACCGUGAGUAUGAGGAGUCUCCAAGAACAAGCAAGCCAGAAGAGAAGAAGGAUGUCUCUCUUGAUGCAGAUGCUGCCCGUCCCCCUACUCCAGGCAAGCUCUUCAGCCAAGGUGCAGACAGCAGCCUGAGCAGUGCCAAUGGCAAAGGGCUACAGGGAAGAGGGGAAAGUGCUUGGCUCCCAGGAAAAGAAAAGAAUGACAAGAAUGAUUCUGUGAGGUCCAGGAGUCUGGCGGACUCUGGAGGCGAUGAGCCUGCUAAAGCCAAUAAAAAAGAUUCACCAGAAGACCCAGUGGCUGCAGGAGAGGAGGAUUCCAGGAAGGAAGAGGAAGCAAAGAAGCCAAAGAAGGAGGCUUCUGUUCUGAAAGAGAGUGGAUCAGAAGCCAAUGAAGAGUCGGAGAUUAGCGAACAUGUGAAGGAACUACAGUUCUCAGACUCCGCUGCUUCUGACCCCAAGUCCCUCCUUGGCCUGGACUUCGGUUUUCGCAGCCGGAUCUCUGAGCACCUACUGGAUGUUGACGUGCUUUCCCCAGUCCUGGAUGGAGCCCGCUGGGAGGCCCAGAGAUUGAGAAGAGAAGACAAGGAUGACAGCCAGUCCAGCCAAGAUGAGCUGCAGAGCAUGCAGUCCAAAGGCUUGGGGAGGUUGUCUCCUCCACUUCUGCUUGGGGAGCAGCUCAAGAGUCCUCUUCACAGCCAGGCCUCUGAAGAAGGGCCUCCGCAGGCCCCUGCGGGACAGCCUGAGUGGAAGGGGCCAGCGGAGCCCAGGGAGGAAUCUGCAGGCAGCCCCGUCCCGCCUGUUUCCCUGCAGAGGGAGGAGAUCCCAAGCCCAUCUGCCGCCUAUAAGAGGGGCAAGGAUCAGCGCUCCCAGGCUGAGAAGCUGGGCACUGGGCAGGAAGAGGCCGAGGAGUCCAAGCAGAAGGUGGCAGUCAGCCCCACCCUGUCAGUCUCUCCUGAGAUGCAAUCUCCAGAGCUUGCGGCUUCUCUAGAGCUUGCGGCUUCUCUGGAGCUUGCGGCUUCCCCAGAGCCGCUCUCAGAGGCUGCCCUGAAGGCCAUGGAAGAGGCAGUGGCCCAAGAACUCAAGCAAGACCAGAGGCAACUUCUAGAAUUGAAGCAAAAGAAGAUGCAGCAGUUGCGGGAGAAGCUGUGGCAGGAGGAGGAAGAGGAGAUCCUCCAGCUUCACCAGAAGAAAGAGAAGUCUCUCAGUUCACUGAAGGAGCAGUUGCAGAAAGCCACUGAGGAGGAGGGGACUCGGAUAAGAGAAGAGGAAAGCCAGAGGCUGUCCCAGCUCCGGGCCCAGGUCCAGUCCCGUGCAGCAGCAGAUGAGAACCAAAUCAGGGCCGAGCAACAGGCUUCCCUGCAGAAGCUGAGAGAGGAGUUAGAGUGCGUACAGAAGGCUGAAAGGGCCAGCUUGGAGCAGAGAAACAGGCAAAUGCUGGAGGAACUCAAGGAAGAGAUGGAGGCUUUGGAGAAGAGAGAACAAGCUUCCCUGAAUGCUGAGAAAGAGAAGGCUUUGCAGCAGCUAAGGGAGCAGCUGGAAGGGGAGAGGAAAGAAGCAGUGGCAGCACUGGAGAGUGAGCACAGAACUCAGCUGGAGCAGCUCUCUUCCUCGCUGGAGGCCAAACACAGAGAGGUGGUCUCCAGCCUCCAGAAGAAGAUAGAGGAAGCUCAACAGAAGGAGGAGGCCCAGCUGCAGGAGAGCCUGGGGUGGGCAGAGCAGAGAGCUCAGCGGAAAGUUCACCAAGUGCUGGAGUAUGAGCAAGAGCUCAGUGGCCUCCUGAGAGAGAAGCGCCAGGAGGUAGAAAGGGAACAUGAGAGGAAGAUGGACAAGAUGAAACAGGAGCACCAGCAAGUGGUGGCUGAGGCCAGAGAGCAGUAUGAAGCUGAGGAGAGGAAGCAGCGGGCUGAACUCUUGGGUCACCUGACUGGAGAGCUGGAGCGCCUCCGAAGGGCCCACGAGCGAGAAUUGGAGACUGUGAGGCAGGAGCAGGACAGGCAGCUGGAGGACUUACGGCGUCAGCACCGGGAGCAGGAAAGGAAACUCCAAGAUUUAGAGGUAGAACUUGAAACCAGAACCAAAGAUGUCAAGGCCAGAUUGGCUCAGCUGGACAUUCAGGAGACUGCCCAGAAGGAGAAGCAGCAGCUCCUUGAUGUGCAGAGGCAGGUUGCGCUGAAGAGUGAGGAAGCCACAGCCACCCAUCAGCACCUGGAAGAGGCAAAGAAAGAGCAUACCCACUUGUUGGAGUCAAACCAGCAGCUCCGAAGAAUUCUCAGUGAGCUUCAGGCCUGCAAAUUGGAGCUGGAAUCCCAGGUGGAUCUGCUGCAGACCCAGAGUCAGACGCUGCAGAAACAUGUCAGUGAUCUGGAGGCGGAAGCUCAAAGACAGCGGGACACAUUGAAAGAGCUGGCAGUCGAGAGUAAUGCUUCUCCACAUUUUGAGCCAGAUCUCCACAUUGGAGACCUACGAAAAUCUCUUGUGACAAACCAGACCAAAGAGGUACCCUCUACUUUCUCCCAGAGCAAGGAGGAGACUGACUUGUCCUUGGACAGCAUCCGGCACUACUUCUCUGCGGAGGCGGUAGCUCUCCGCGGUGCCAAGGAGUUCCUGGUGCGGCAGACGCACUCCAUGCGGAGGCGGCAGACGGCUCUCAAAGCGGCCCAGCGGCACUGGCGCCACGAGCUGGCCAGUGCUCAGGGAGCAGCCGAAGACGUGCCAGGCACUAAGACCUUGGAUGAUGUGCGCAAGGACCUGGAAGAGGAGACCAGACACCUGAAUGAGAUGAAAUCAGCCAUGCGGAAAGGCCACAACCUGCUGAAGAAGAAAGAGGAGAAGCUGAAUCAGCUGGAGUCCUCUCUUAGGGAAGAGGCUUCAGAUGAAGACACUCUGAGAGGAGCCCCCACCAAGAAAGUGGUGACCUUUGACCUCAGCGACAUGGAAGACAUGAGCAGUGAAAGUUCUGAAUCCUGUCCCUUGCCUCACAUCACUCUGACAGCAAGUCCUACCUUCCCCAACAAGAUCCACUACUUGAGCAGCUCCCUGCAACGGAUCAGCAGCCAACUAAACAGUGUCCUCAGCAUGCUGGGCAGCCUCAGCACUCAGCCACCACCGCCACUCCUCACUUCCACCCCAGCGCAGAACCCUCCCUGGUCCUCCAGGAGCACUUCCAUUCCCAUCUACCCCUCCCUGGCCCAGGUCGCAGCCUCAUCCCCUGCUACAUCCAUGUCUACGCAGUGGGCCUGGGACCCAGGCCUGGGCCCCAGGCUCUCCCCCUCUGUGACUCAAACAGUGGAUGACUUUCUGGUGGAGAAGUGGCACAAGUAUUUUCCAACUGGAGUCCCAUUCCUUAGCAGCAGCCCUGCCCCCUUGGAGAACAGGCUGGGUUAUGUGUCUGCCAGUGAGCAGCUCCGUCUACUGCAGCGUCCUCAUUCCCACGUUCCUGAGGCAGGCAGCACCAACUUUCAGGGCAUGAUUGAGGCUAACCGGAAGUGGCUAGAACAUUACAAGAACGACCCUAAGUUACAUCUCUUCUCCUCAGUGCCCAAGCCAACAGCCACUUCUGGCCUCCUGCAGCUGAGCCUGAAUGAGAACAACAAACUGAAUGUGCAUCACUAUUUUAGGCCCUGAGCAGUGGUAUUUGGUACACCUGGCCUUUCCUGCACCCAGAUCGAGUGCCUGAGGAGGGGCCUGUACUUUAUUUCCUCUGAUAAAGCAUUCUCUUGUCCUCUCUUUGCUGCUUGCCCCACUCAAAACUUGGAGGAACUAUGGUGGUGGGGCGGCUAGGUGAAAAGGAUGCUAUAACUGAAAGCAGUAACCCACCCCCAGUGACCACGUAAUGGGUCCCAGGAUGAAAUGUGUGGACUGCUGUGAGCUCCUACAUGGACAUGGCAAUACUACUGAUGUGGGGCAUCAGGGACAUCAGCACCUUCAGGAGGAAGAGGUGGUAUUAGAGGAGUUGCUAUCAAAGGCCAAGGGAUUCCCUUUAGAGCCAAGUUGGUCCCUUGGACCUGCAGGGCACUGCACGGAUAUGUGUAUGGUGCUUACUUUAUUAGAACAAAGCCCCCAGUAUGUCUGUACCCUGGGACCAGGCUCUGUCUCUCCAAUACCUCAGCCUCAUAGAGAUCAGACUUUUUUUCCCUAACAUCCCAUUUCUUGAGGCCCCCGUUUCUCCUUUUGACUGUCUCAGAAUUGGGCCCAGAGCCCUUCCAGAGAUUGCUGGAGGCUAGGGCCCAGAAGUUUGGUCACCUGUCUUCUCUCUGCUGGCACUGUGCUGUCCUCAGGAGCCCGCUUUCCCCUUCCCUGGGGCUCCUCCCUAGAGCCCUUCUCAGGUCUUAAACACACAACUUUCAGGGAGACAACAAGCCAUAGGAAAAGUCUGGGGUGGCUUCUGGUCCUCGUCUCGCUUUUCUCCACCUUGGGUAUAUUCAUGGGUUCUUACUUCCAUAUACCUUUUCUUCCUGUGCCCCUGCCCACCCCCAAUACCCUGCUGCCCCUUCUCAGAGCUUGAAGACUUGUUCAGAAGGAGGCGAGUGGCUGGGCCAGUGCCUGGCCUUGGCAGUGAAGGAUCUCGUGCCAGUCGGAGCUGCUACCAUUCUGGCACAGCUCCCUGCAGCUCCACCUCUCAUCAGUGGACUCCCUGGGGAUUAUGGGGAACAUUCUCUGAUAUCUGUCUCAUUGUUUAAAUAAAAUACCCCCAUUUUUCUUGUUUUGAAAGCUAUGGGGUUGCCCUUGCCUCUCCAGUGCAUAGAAACCAAGUCUCCACCAUCCCACCAUUCGUUUCUUUGUCUUAGAAUAAGAAACUAGGCUUCAGUUGGCGUUUUUUACUCUACUCCCCAUACUGUUUAGAUAUCAGUCUACCACACAGAAAACAAUCCAUUUUAUUGGGCUCAUUCUAUGUGUUUUGGGACUAGAUCCUGUAUCACAACCACCUCUGGUGACAAUCCUGUCUUUUGUACAUCAAUUAAAUCUCUGCAGGUCCAUUUUUUAUAAGGA